AUGAAUCGUGAUCCUAUUGUAACUCGUUCAAAAGCAAAUUCAAAUAUUGAUGAAUCUUCGUCCGAUAGUCUUGAUAGUUCAAGUAGCAGUAAUGAACAAGAACCUGAUAACUUCGAUGAGUUUCAAGUUACUCAAGAUAUUGAAAGUCCAGAUAAUUUAACUGAAUUCGAACAAGAUCAAGAUAUUGAAAAUCUAGAUAAUUUGACAGAAUUUGAACGAAAUCAAGAAGAUGAAAGUUUUGAUACUGAAAUGUAUGAUAAUUCAUCUACAUCGCAUAAUAAUGAAAAUUCUACUGAAAAUAUUCCUAUAACUCGUUCAAAUAAGCAACAAUCCUCACAUGUAUGGAAAUUUUUUACAGUACUUGCUACAAAACAACCACUUCAAAAUUUAAUUAUUUCUAAGUUUGAAUUACAAAGAACUUUAAUUAAAAAUUUUAUUUCCAAUCUUUCUUGUAAAGUUACUUUGACAACUGAUAUUUGGAGUUCUUGUACCAUGACAAGUUUUAUAGCAAUAACUUGUCAUUUUAUAGAUGAAAAUUGGAAUCUAUGUCAUCUUCUUUUAGAUGUUUUUGAAAUCCCUUCACCUCAUACUGGCCAAAUAAUUGCAAAUAUUAUUUUAUCCCUUUUAAAUGAGUUUCAAUUAGAAAAAAAAAUUUUAGCAUUAACUUCGGAUAAUGCUAGUAAUAUUGUCUUAGCUAGUAGUAUAAUUAAAAAUACUCUUGCUAAUAAUUUUUCUAAUAGUUUAUUUCAACAUAUUCGCUAUGCUACACAUAUUAUAAAUAUUGCAGUUAAAAAAGGCUUAAAGUUAGCAAAUAGAUAUUUAAUUAAGCUUCGUUAUUUUAUUAAAAAAAUUCGUAAAUCUGCACUUUUUAUUGAAGAUUUAAAACGUAUAACAGCUUCUUUUGAUCAUCCUUUUUUAAGACCAAUUAUUGAUUGCUCAACCCAAUGGAACUCAUCUUUUUUGAUGAUAGACCGUGCAAUAGUUUUGCGUAUGGAUUUAGAUUCUCUUGUUAUACGACAUUCAACAUUGCGUGAUUUACAACCUUCUGAAAAUGAAUGGAAUAUUCUUUUAGAACUUCGUAAUUGUCUAAAACCAUUUAAUACUGCAACAGAAAUUCUUUCAAAGUCUAACUAUCCAACAAUUGCCAAUUUACGUCUUAUUAUUUCAGGUUUAUUCAAUCAUCUUAAUGCCUUUAAUAGUGACUAUCAAGAUAUGAAUGCAGUAGUAUCUAAAAUUAGAGAAAAAUUAGAUGAAUACUGGCCAAUUAUGCAAAAAGCGAGUAAGAUUGCUGCUUUUUUUGAUCCAUAUUUUAAACAAAUUGUUUAUUCAGAAAAUUCAGCAAAUGAAAUUUUGGCUUCAAUCCAUGCAAAUCUACCAGUAAACUCUAAAUCUAUAGUUCAACCUCCACAUAUCUCAAAGCGUAUUCAAUUUCUACAAGAAUAUAAUAGAACAUCUAUGUUAACUACAACUUCUGACUUAGAUAAACUUACUCGAUAUUGGGAAAUAAUUGCUCCACCUGAAAAAACUUCUGUUUCUACUAUGGCAAAAGACUACCUAGCUAUUAUGUCUACUAGUGUUCCAUGUGAACAACUAUUUAGUUUAGCUAGAUUAACAGUUACUAAAUCGCGAAACUCUCUUGAUAAUGAAACAGUUCGAGCUAUUUUGUGUUUAAAAUCUUGGUUUACUGAAGACUUACUAUUCUAA